UACUGUUAUUUUAUUUGAGACUAACACAAUUGAACUUAAAUUUUAGGAAUUUAAGCAAUAAAAAUAUACCUAAUAUAAAAUAGUAUUACACAGUGUUUUUCUAUUACUUUAUUAAUUUAUAUAUUCACCAUGACAGAUUUAGAAAGUAAAUUGCUUGGUGAAAAACUUCAUUAUUACUGCAGUAGCAGUGAUGAAGAUGAGCCAAUGCUCGACAGGGAUCCUCCCAAACAAUCAAAGUCAGAUUGGGAUGGGAUGUCGUCAAACACUGGACCAAAAGGAGUACUCAAUGAUUGGGAACAAUACAAACGACAACAAUCUGCUCAGAGAGUACAGCGAGAAAAAGAUGUAUUAAAGCAGAUAAAUGAUAUGGCUCUAACAUGCAAGUCAGAAAUUGAAGAAUUGGAUGAUCAAUUUCUAGCUGAAUACCGUAAAAAACGCAUGAAGGAAAUGAUGGCCAAGACUCAAGAAGCACCAGAAUUUGGUAAAGUCUUUGAUUUAUUAACAGGGGAUGACUUUUUAGUUGCUGUUGAGAAUGAAAAUCCCAAUGUAACUGUGAUUGUGCAUGUUUAUGAACACAAUGUGCCAACAUGUUCAAUAAUGAACUCAUGUUUGAAAGUUCUUUGUCAUGAAUUUCAAAAAACAAAAUUUUGUAAACUAAUUGGUUCAAGUGCUGGUAUGAGUUUAAACUUCAAAAUGUGUGGUGUUCCAGCUUUACUUGCAUAUAGAGCAGGACAACUUGUUGGAAACUUUGUGCGUAUUACAGAUGAACUUGGUGAUGACUUUUAUGCUGGUGACGUAGAGAACUUCUUGAUCGAACAUGGUGUUCUUUCCGAUAAAUCGUGUAUACCUUCUAUAAUAACUAAUGAUAUUGACAAUGACGAUGAUAUUUAAAUUAAUUUUAAUGUGUACAAAAAUAUAAUAUACAACUUUAA